AUGGUGGCCGAGAACCAACACCCGCUGCAGCAGCAGCAGCAGCAACAGCAGCAGCAGGUGCAGCAGCCUGUUUUGCAUCAGCUGCAAGUGCCGGCAGCAGGGAGAUCUGCCUUCUCUUUCCUCAGCAAGGAGAAGAACAGCAGCAGCAACAGCAGCAGCAGCAGCAACAGCAGCGGGAGCCCUAGCACGACACUGAGCAGCAACAGCAGCGGCACCAGCAGCACAUGCAGCAGCAGCAGCAGCAGGGAGCUAGGCCCCGUGGUGGUGCUUGACCAUGCCUCUACCCCCUAUAGAAUACUUCCUAUUGAGGCAGCAGCAGCAGCAGCAGCAGCAACUCCUGUUGCUGCUGCUGCUGGUGGUGGUAAGAGCAAACACAGGAUGCGUAGAUCUGUCCCUCCGCUGUCUCCAUCAGGAGCAGCAGCAGCAGCAACAACAGCAGCAGGAGCAGCAGGAAGAGGACGUCAUUCCUUAUCUUCUCCUGUUGUAUCUUUGCAAGACUCAGAAGACAACAUACCAAGGAAGCACUCUUCUGCAGCAGCAGCACCAGCAGCAGCAGCAGCAUCAGCAGCAACAGCAGCAGCAGCAGCAGCAGCAAGAGACAUAAUAGAUAUAUCUGAGGUCCUGUCUCCCGAGACACAACAAAGAAAUCUAAAAGAAGUAGAGAAAGCGCAAAACAUUAGCGCUGUUGUUAAUGUUAUUUAUAGCCUACAGCAGCAGCAGCAGCAGAGCGGAGGCCUUUUUGGGAGUUUUUCUGUAGGCAGCAGCAGCAGCAGUACUGCAACAGGAGACGGCAGCAGCAGCUUCUUGCCGCUGCUGCUGGGUAGCGAGCAGCAGCAGCAGCAGCAGCAAGAGGAGCAGCAGCGCGACAGGACAGAGGAGGAGUUCGAGCCAUUCUUUGCUUCUUUAGGGGAGGAUCUUGUUCGCUUCGAACGCAACUGCAGCAAGAGCAGCAGCAGCAGCAGCAGCAGCAGGUGCAGGCGCAGCAAUCCUGCCUUUGAUUUGCUGCUGGCUAGCAGCAGCGUGUCUUCUUCGUUACCUCCAGAGGAGAAAGAGAAGCAGCAGCACCAGAGCGAGUUGCUGCAGCAGCAGCAGCAGCAGCAACUGCAGCAACUGCAGCAGGAGAUACCAGCAACUUUCUUUGAGUCCUCCUUCGAUGUCUCCGAAUUCCUUUCUAUGGACCCUCAAGAUAUGCCUAACCAACUAGAAAAAUUAUCGGAUUGGUUAGAUAAGGUAGAGUCCGGCUUAGUGUCUCUUUUUCCUCCUUUUUCUUUCUUUGCUUCUUCUAUACAAAAUAUUUACCGCAUGCAGCAGCAAGCGCAGCAAAUUAUCUAUACAUGCCAUAAACUCAGGGAGGAUUUGCAGCAGAUUCGAUCUCGGGAGGAUCGUCAGCGCCUAAAGACAGCAACACAAUCGGCGUUUGUGUCUGAGUCAUUAAGGUAUUUCUUUCCGGUGCAGCAAGGAGAGGAGACACCUGGAGCAGCAGCAGCAGCAGCUGCUGCUGCUGCUGCUGCUGGUGCUGGUACAGAUCCAGCAGGGGCGGAGAAUCUGUUGUCACGCACCCUGAUGGCCGCACGACCUUGCUGCUACCUUCCCCCAGAGGCAGCAGCAGCAGCAGCAGCAGCAAUGCCUGCUGCAGCAGCAACGCCUGCAGCAGCAGCAGCAGCAGGCUGGUAUGCGCUGCGGUGGACACUGCUGCCGGGAGUCUUGGAGGAACGGUCAUUAUACAACCCUGCUUCUGGUUUGCUGCUGCUGCUGCUGCCGCCAGCAGCAGCAGCAGCGGCGGCAGCUUAUAACUCUUCAGACGUUGCUGCAGGCCAUCCUGCUACUGAUAAUGAUGCUGCCGCCGCAGCAGCUGCUGCUGCAGCAGCUGCAGCAGCUGCAGCAACAGCUGCAGCAACAGCAGCAGCAACGGAGCCGCAGCAACAGCAGCAAGACAGCGUGUGGGUUGGGGUGUCUCCUCCUUUUGCUGCUGCAUUCUUUAAGGAGUUAUCUGUUCAGGUGUAUGGGCAGUUCGCUCAUGAAUGGGCAGGCGCAUAUAGAUUAGAUGAGGAGCCACAGGAUCUGCAACAACAGCAGCAGCAGCAGCAGCAGCGGCAGCGGCAUCUGCAGCAGCAGCAGCAGCAGAGGCGACGCAGGCGUAAUGCAGGAUUUGCAUGGGAAGAAAAGGCUCUGCUGCAGCUGCGGCAGCAGCUGCCGGCUGUAUGCAGAGACUUCAUGCGCCGCAGCAUUAUUUUCUUACUAAAUCAGAGGGGAGCACUGCAGCAGGAGCAGCAGCAGCAGCAGCAGCAGCAGCAUGGCCAGACAGUUGGGAGUAGCGUUCCCGCUGAGUCCGGUAGUGAUCCUGUAGCUGCGUCUCCCUCAGCAGAGUCAAUGCCAGAAGCAUCAGGAGCAGAGACAGGAGGAGCAGCAGCAGCAACAUCAGCAGCAGCAGCAGCAGCAGGAGAGGCCGAAGCAGAUGCAGUUCCUGCAGCUGCUGUGCUGCAGCGCGAGACAGACACCAACAGCUCAGCCGCGAACUCAGAAGCAGAGGACGAAUCUCCGCAGCCAGAGGAGGAGGAGCAGCAGGGAGAGGAACACCAGAAAGACGAGCAGCAGCAGCAGCAAGAGCAGCAGGAGCAGCCAGACCAACAGCAGCAAUGGGAGCUACAGCCGAGUGGUGGGCAACCUUCUCCUCGGCAGCAGCAACAACAGCAGCAACCGCAAAACCAGCAGCAGCAACAACAGCAGCAACAACACCAGCAACAGCAGCAGCAGCAGCAGCAGCGGCAGCAGCGGCAGCAGCAGCAGCAUAGAGUGCGUGCUGCUGAGCUAGCAGCAGCAUUAGGCCGUCUUACACCAACAGAAUUUGCCUUCGUCUUCAGAGAUUUAUGCGGGCAGGCAGUUGCUGUUGCUUGUCGUAUGGAGUCUUGGGUUUCAUUUGUGCUGCUGCGUGCUGCUGAGUUCGGCACCUUCCGUCUAUGCCGCGAGCAGCAACAGCAACAGCAGCAGCAGCAGCAGCAAGACAACAAGCAACCGGGAAGGCAACAACAGCAAGAGGACCAGGAGCAAGAGCAGCAGCAGAAGCAGCAGAAGCUGGGAAGUGCAGCAGCAGCAGCAGCAGCAGCAGAUGACCUGGCGGCAUUGGUUGCUGAUGCGGAGACACGAACACGCAGCUGGCGAUUUAUUGCAGCAGCCCUUGUUCGUGUAACAGAGACCUGUCUAGACACCCUAAUGACUAAAGUAGUGUCUGUGCUGCAGGCAGGUGCAGCGCAUGCAGCAGCAGCAAAAGGGCCGCAGCUAGCGCAGCUGCUGCUGACAGCUGCAGCGCAGCCAAUCUUCUUCGCAGAUUACAGCGGUAUAGUAGAAGGAGAGCACGAAGCAAAGUUGCUGCAACUUGAUUUGCUGCUAGCAAAGGAGACAUGGGAGAGACAGUUGCUGCAGCAGUCUCUUGUGCAGCGUCUACAGGAUCUGCUGCAGUUCCUUUCCCCUGAUCCUGCUCCUGCUGCUGCUGCUGCUGCUGCUGCUGCGAAUGCAAGAGCAGCAGCAGCAGAAGCAGAUGCUGCUGAACCAACAGCAACCACAACUUCUUCCGUGUCUCCUUUGACUGUCUCCUGUAUAUCACCUCCAGCAGCAGCAGCAGCAGCAGCAGGAGAAGCAACUGCAGCAGCAGCAGCAACAACAGCAGCAGGAGCGCGGAGCUGUGGCGUUUUGCAUCCUACUAACGACUCCCUAGCGACAGCAGCAGCAGACAUCGCACAUAUGCCUCCUGCUGCUGCUGGUCCUGCAGCACCAGCAGCAGCAGCAGACGCAGCAGCAGCAGCAGCAAAUUCUAUUGUUAGGGUUGGUACAAAAGGUGUAAUUAUUGAGGAAGAAGAAUUUGCCAUCGUCCCCUCAGCUCUCGUCGCAUUGGCGUGGAUGGGGGAGUACAUCUAUUUAUCCUUAUGGUUACCAUCGCAGCAAUCUGCUGCAUUUGCUGCACUGAAGGAUUUGCUGCUGCAGUACUCUCGGGUGUCUGUACACCUGACGGUAGGGGGAGGGGCAGUACAAAGGAAGCAACUGCAGCGAAUAACAGCAGGGGUACUUGCCCGUGUCUCUCGCUGCUUUGAUUUGCUGUUGCUGCUGCUGCAGCGGCUGACGCACUGUCUUAACCAGCAGCAAAGACUGCAGCAGCAGCAGCAACAGCAGAAACAGCAGCAGCAGAAACAGCAACAGCAGCAGCAGCAAAUGCGUAAUCAUGAAGAUGAAUGGAAACCCCAAGAGAGGCCGCCACUUGUGCAGCUGCAGCUGCAGCACCAGCAGGACUAUGCAGCAGCACAGCAGCAGCAGCAACAGCAGCACGAGCAAAAAGGGGAUCUAGAGAUAGCAGCAAAGGCUUUUCUUCUUAGUGCUCGUCGUUCGCUGCAGCAGCAGCAAAGCCAUGCUGCUGCAUUUGCUGCUGAUCCCCAAUCAGCAGCAUCAACAGCAGCAGCAGCAGCAUCUGCAGCAGCAGCAGCAGCAGCAGAUGAGGAUAUUGCUGCUGGUAGAGUCCCCUUCUUCCCUCCCCUCCUCCCGUCUGAAUCCUUAGCUGCGGUGUAUAGGCAGCUAGGGUUUGUCUCCUUAGGUGUCAAGUCUGCUGCUGCGCUGCAGCGGCUGCGCCAAGCAGCAAACGGAAUUGCUCAUAGCAAAUCUCUUGUGCUGGAGAAGUUGGUGGCAAUUCUGGUGGAUCGCUUUGAGUGUCAUGCUGCUCUUUGGUUGUCUACUCCCCAUCCUCCUGCUGCAGCAAGAAGCAGCAGCAGCAGCAGCAGCAGCAACGGGCAGCAGCUAGCGAGUACUGGCGCGGCUGCUGCCUCAGGAGAACGUCAGUCGCGUAUUUGCGUUGGCCUUCCAUUCUAUGACGGAUAUAUUCGCAACUAA